CCAUCUUCUCCCUCUCCAAGCAGUGAUCUCAUUGCAAAUGACAGUCUGAGAGGAUGGUUCCCUCCCUAGAGGACCGAUGCAGGAGCGGGAGCAAUGACGCAAUCGGAGCUGGUAGGUCCUGGACACUUUGGAUUGGCCGCGCGGACUCGUGGGGAGCCCCCCUUCCACUAUCACUGGCAUAAGAGUCCAGAGCUUCUCUGGGAAGACGCCCACAGCAGGCGUUGUGUCCAUCAGGGGGACCGGCUGCUCACGCUCUCCUGAAACUCGCGUCACUAGAGAGGCGUCAUGGGCUUUGGGAAGUCCUCCCCCUUCCUGGCUCUCAGCAUCUGGGUCCUGUGCCAGGCGUGCAGCUUCCAGGCAACACCACUCAGGUGGGCUUUGGACAGCCUCCCAGACCCGGCUGCCCUCAGUGAGAAGGAAGGACGUCUCCUGCUGGCUGCCCUGCUGAAGGCCUAUGUGCAGAGGAAGACCAAUGAGCUGGAGCAAGAGCAGGAGCAGGAGACAGAAGGCUCCAGCAUCGCCGCCCAGAAGAGAUCCUGCAACACUGCCACCUGUGUGACCCAUCGGCUGGCAGGCUUGCUGAGCAGAUCCGGGGGCGUGGUGAAGAACAACUUCGUGCCCACCGAUGUGGGUUCGGAAGCCUUUGGCCGUCGCCGCAGGGACCUUCAGGCCUGAGCAGCUAACUGACUCCAGAAAGGUACCAUGAAGCUGAACUCACCACUUCUAUUAAUUUCUGUUGACAACUCUGGUGAGAAGGCCGCAUGGAAGAUAUAUAUGUUUGCAUCCUAAUAGAUACUGAAAAAAAAAGCACCUUUGUCACUCAACAGGAAUGAAACUGAAUGCAAAAUAAGCUAAUUCCAUAUGUUGUGCAUCCUUUUUAUAUUUGAUUCUAUAUGCAGUAAAUGUGAUGGCAACUCUCAUUGGCUUAUGUGGUAGCAAACUGACUCUUUGAGAGCUGUCCUAUCGGUCAAGGCAGAUCUGCCAGAGCUUAGGAGGGGCAUUGAAUCCCUGCCUCUGUGGCCUCUGGGGACACAUGGUAAUGCAGAUGCUAUGCUUUAUUGUUUAAGAACAUGAUUGUAUGAUUUGUGUAAGGAAAUGUGAAUAUUGUGCCAUUUGUGAACUUCAUCAAGAUUAAAAACUU